AUGAACAGCGUUUUGGACGCGCUAUCACUCACUUCCGGGUUUCAACUGCCAGUCACCACGACAGCGGCGAUGUCUCGUGCCGACAAAACACAGACGGUUCCUGACACGGAACCACUGCAGGUUAUUGUAAUCCCGCACUCACACAACGACCCCGGCUGGAAGAAGACCUACAGAGAGUACUUCGACGACCAGACGACACACAUCCUGUCUUUGAUGGUCAAGAAGCUUCACGAGUACCCGGAUAUGACGUUUAUUUGGGUAGAGAGUACCUUCCUGGACACCUGGUGGCUAAACCAGACGCUGGAGACCCGCAGCCGCUUCAAGGAACUCGUCGACAGCGGGCGAUUGGAGAUAGCUUCCGGUAUGUGGGUGGCACCGGACGAGGCAUCUCCGCAUUAUUUCGCGCUUGUUGACCAGAUGAUCGAGGGACACUACUGGGUAAAAAAGAACCUGGGGAUCGUACCCGAGUCGUCGUUGAAUUACGACCAGUUUGGGUACUCAAGCACCAUGCCGUAUCUUAACAAGCUCGCAGGAAUCAAGCACGUGCUCAUUAAGCGAAUCAACCGAUGGGUCAAGGAGAAGUUGGGGACGCAGCAUCGGAUGAAUUUCCGGUGGCGACAGAUUUGGGACAGCCAGGGGCUCGAUGACAUCUUUGCACAUGUAGACACGUACGAGUGGAUGAGCAUAUCCGACAGCUGCGGUCCAGACAGACCCACUUGCAUGAAACUGGACUUCAAAGAGCAGCCGGAUCUUCCGGAUCCCAAUAAGCCGGUUCCCCCCGCGGGUGGUCGAAUUCCGCUGGAGACAUUGGCAAACUCCCUCGUGGAGCAGUUCCGUCUGAAGAAUGCAAACUACAAGUACAACGUCAUGAUGCUUCCUCAUGGCGGUGACUUCCGGUUUGACACAGAGUACGAAUGGGACAAGCAGUACCGCAACAUGAAGAUAUUCAUGAAAUACGUCAACGAGCGCAAGGAUUUUAACGUCCAGAUGCGUUUUGGUACGCUGAAGGACUUCUUUAUGGAAGUUGAUAGACAGACCGAAAAAUAUGGCCUAAAUUACCCAGUGGUUACUGGAGACUUUUACUCGUACACGGAAAACCAAGAUUACUGGACUGGGUACUUCACCACGCGUCAGUUCAACAAGCGUCUUGGUAGGGAGGUUCUGGAGAGUCUGCGGAGCGCCGAGCUUUUCGCCGCCGUCGCCAUCAGCGGUCACGUUGACGGUCAAGUAAGACAGCAGAUUCUGAGCGAUCUGGUGAUCGCGCGCAAAAAUCUCGGCAUUUUUCAGCACCACGAUGCCAUAACGGGAACCUCCAAAAAACACGUGGCGCGCGACUAUGAACUGUUGCUGACGUCAGCGUUUACGUCAUCACAGCGCGUACUGGCUACCGCCGUGCAGCUGCUGCUUAGUGGUGAUGGGUCCAAUUCUAAACUUUCCGGUCUCAUGCCGCUGUUAGCGAGGCCAACUGAGAAUCGGCUUACUAGGACUACAGAUGAUGGGGAGGAAAUUCAGAAAAGAUUUACCCUUUGA